CUGGUUCGGAACUUACUGUCGCAGUCGGAAGGUGCGUUCGUCGUGCGCUACUCGGAGUCUAAGCGUCAGUGUCUAGCGCUGAGCGUUCGUGUUCCGCCCACGCACAAUCCGGCUUGCAUUUCACACUAUUUAAUCGUCAGAAAUCAAAAUGGAUAUCGAAUAAAGAGUUGUGAUAAGCAUUUUCCUUCGCUUCAAAUGCUGAUCACCCAUCAUUCUGUGAUGCCGGAAAAGUUGCCAGUGACGUUGACGUUUGUGCAAUGGAACGCCAGCGACUGGACGGAGAGGAUCGACGACCACUUGGAAAUCGACGAGAACCGGAACUCUAAAUUCUAUAGCAGUCAAGAGCAUCGGAUCGAAGACUUCGUUACACCAAAAAGGCGAUCACGCGUCUAUCUUGAGAGCUAUCGACACUCGCGAUUCAUCGAUAUCGCCUAG